AUGAUAUCCUUUCUCUGUUCCACUAAUGUUAGAACCCUUUUGGCUGACGAGAGGUCAUCUCAGGUAGUAAAUGACGACGGUCCACCUUCACAAAAGUAUUCGCCUUACAUCUUUCCCUUAGUCAAAGCUUUUCAGGAUGCAGGCCAUCUGGUCUCUGUUGCCAUCCCCAAUUCAUCCCGGUCCUGGAUCGGCAAAGCCCAUCUCAUCGGGGAGCUACUAAAGGCGACUUACGUUCUUCCAGAAGCACUCCUGGGGGAUGGUGGCAAUUCCGUCGUCCCCGGGAACCACGAUCCCAACGAUCUAGGAAGGAGACGUCUUCAGGAGAGUGGGGCUGGCAGCUGGCAACACCACGAGAUAUCAACCCCGGAUUCCGUCCGAAAAAGUAACACAGACAGACGCCACUGGGUGGUCGUCAAUGGAACCCCAGCCGCAUGUGCCCAACUGGGCAUCUACAGCCUCUUUCCUGACCGUGGACCUGUCGACCUCGUGGUUUCAGGACCAAACCAUGGUCGAAACGUCUCAACAAUCUACGGCUUAGCCAGUGGUACCGUAGGUGGCGCCCUGGAGGCUGCGACAUGCGGCAAGAAAGCCAUCGCGCUCUCCUUUGCUAGCAAAGAUGCCCAAUCACCAGAGGUCAUCCAGGCAGCCGCACGGCUUUCUGUGCGGCUCAUUGAGCACCUCUCUGCGCGUUGGCCUCUUGAAGGCGUGCAUUUAUACAACAUAAACGUACCGAUGCGUUUGGAUGUCGAAGAACGACCUAUUGCUUAUACCAGCAUGUUGCAGAAUUCGUGGUCCAAGUUCAGUCUUUAUAAAGAAGCGGAUGACAGCACUGUUCAACCCAACGAUGACCAUGGUAACAAGAAAGAACGGCAGACAAGAUAUUUCAAAUGGGCGCCCGAACUUUCGGAUAUCAAACGAAGUGUUGAGAUGAGCCAUGUCGGGACUGAUACUUACACAGUCACGAACGGAUGCACAAGUGUGACUCCUCUUACAGCGAACUUUGGUCAUGCACCUGGAUUUCAUGGCGAGUUGCAAUUAUAA